UUUUGAAUUUUUAUCCGCGAUAAACAACAACCUUUGCGAAAUGCAUUAUGCAUCACGUGGCGAAGAGCAGACUAACUUUAUCCAAAUUAGGUAAGAGGUCGGUCUACAGCUAGUGCUCGGUUUUACACCUCUGCUUGCAUUUGAUUUGGACCAGAACUCGUGCUAAUAAGUUUCGUUAUCAUUUGAAAAAUUGAACGAAUAUACCUAAACAAACAGCCAGUAAUAGUUUAUCGUUUAAGUUUAUGUUUUAACGUGUCAUCAUCCUCUUAAACCAAGUUCCAGGUCUGAGGACAACAGCCAUUCCAUUCUUAAGCAUUUAUAAGAAGUCUAUGAAGAUAUGGCUUCAACUUCGAAAGUUGACAAUUCCAAAAGGAAAGGACAGUCUCCUGAAGAGUCUAGUUGUAGAAAAAGACACCGGCUGAGCUUUGAAGAACAAGACAAUGAACCAUCAACAUGUGUGAUUUGCCUUCAGAUAAUUACAAACAAAUCUUUUGCCAACAAUUGCUUGCACACGUUCUGUUUUGAGUGUUUGCUCAAGUGGUCUGAAGAAAGAGCAGAAUGUCCAUUAUGUAAAGGACCUUUUACUGCAAUCAUCCACAAUGUAAAAUCUGAUCAAGAGUAUGAUGAGCACAUAAUUGAGUCAAUAGAUGAAGACAGAUAUUUGAAUUCCAUCGUUAAUCCCUUCAGUUCCAGCUCCAGUGAUUCAAGCUCCAGCGAUUCAAGCUCCAGUGAUUCAAGCUCCAACGAUUCAAGCUCCAGCGAUUCAAGCUCCAGCGAUUCAAGCUCCAGCGAUUCAAGCACCAGCAGCUGCGAUUUAAAUUCUGUAACAGAUUUAUUCGUUGCCCUUCAUUACUUUAUGCGUCUUAGCCAAUAGCCUACUUCUCGUCAUCUGUCAAACUAACAAAAUCUCUUUUUAAUGGAUCAAUUUUCGAACAUGGUCUCCUGGUAAUAGAGAUGAACAAAAUUCCAUUCCUAUUUAGUUUUCUAUUGUCUAAAUUACAUAACCUUUCUUAAAUAAUUUGUAUAGCGUCGUACUUUUCCCUUAAUAUUUAUUGUUCACUUCCAUUCACAUAUUCUGUUCCUACUUAUUCAUGUGUUGGCUGAAAUAUUGGGAUUCUAAAACAUGAGUAAGUACUGAGAAAUUGA